UCCGGUUUUUUCACGUUCAUCAGUUGGGCGAGCGACAGUUUCCUUGUUGAAUCAAAACUCGAAUCAAGAGCAUUGUUUCCAGUCCAAAAUCCGAGAGAAGAUAGAGGCUGAACCAAGCAAAGGAAGAAGGUGGAAAUGGUUUGUGUAUCUUUAUCUUCUGCUGUUUCACUUUACAAUCCCUCUCUCUAUAGAUCCAAGCUCUCCGUUCCUCUCUCGCUAAGAUCUUCACCGCCAAAUGCAAAGCUCUCGUUCAGUCCUGCCGCUAAACAGAGUUCCAUCUGUUACAAUCCGCUUAGGUUUGCUGUCGGUAGCGAGGGGAUUGCGACGGCUGCGAUUACCAAGAAGAGGAGUCGUGGUUUAAGUGCUAUUUGUUACGCUAUGCCCGUUAACGCCCGCACUCUUCAGUGGAUCUCCACCAUUUCUUCUGCGGUUUUAAUGCUAGCAAAGGGGACUGGGAUUCAGAAGUCAUUUAUUGUUCCGCUAUUUGCUCUUCUGGCACCUGCAAGUGUUGUCUCGUGGAUUAAAGGAGAAUACGGCAUUUGGAGCGCUUUUCUGGCACUUCUUGUUCGACUGUUCUUCUUUAUCCCCGGUGAAUUGGAGAUACCAUUCAUAUCGUUACUUUUGGUGAUUGUGGCCCCAUAUCAAGUCCAAAGCUUAAGGGGAACUCAAGAAGGAAACAUUAUCUCCCUAAUGAUAGCAGCAUAUUUGGCCUUCCAGCAUUUCUCUAGAGCGGGCAGUUUUCGGAGAGCUUUUGACCAGAAUUCAAUUGUUGCAACAGUAGCAGUCAUUUGUUUUACUGCUGUCUCAUUUCUGCUCGUGAUCUAAGUUCCUUAGUCACUCCCAAGUAAACCUUAUCGGUUAAAUCUUCAAUAAACACUAUUGGUCAUCCUGUAAUAGUUGCACAAUAGUCAGAAUGUACAGACUUUCCCUUUUGUGUUUAUAAAUGCUAUAAAGAAAUUUUCCUUUCUUCGUGCU